AUGCACCUGAAUCCGGCCGCCAUGGCCGCCUCCGCCGCCGUGGUGCUUUCUCUACUUCUGUUGCCUUUUGCCACUGAAGCUUUCAACGUUACCCGCAUUUUAGCGAAACACCCGGAAUUUUCCACUUUCAACCAUUACUUAACCGUGACCCAUCUCGCCGACGAUAUUAACUCCCGCGAAACCAUCACCGUCUGCGCCGUCGACAACGCCGGAAUGUCAGAUCUGCUCUCCAAACACUACCCCCUCGCCACCAUCAAGAACGUCCUCGCCGUCCACGUCCUCCUCGACUACUUCGGCGCCAAGAAGCUCCACCAGAUCACCAAUGGCACGGCCUUGGCCGCCACCAUGUACCAGGCCACCGGAACCGCGCCGGGCUCCUCUGGGUUUGUUAACAUUACCGAUCUUAAAGGAGGGAAAGUCGGGUUCGGAGCGGUUGACAAUGGCGGCACCAUGGAUGCUACCUUUGUGAAACCCCUUGAGGAGCAGCCGUACAACAUUUCGAUUAUUCAGAUCAGUAACAUCCUUCCGUCGCCGGACGCCGCCGCGCCGACGGCCGCUCCUUCCCAGGUGAACCUCACAGACGUAAUGUCGGCGCACGGAUGCAAAGUCUUCGCCGACACCCUGUUGGCUUCUCCGGCGGAGAAGACUUACGAGGACAAUCUCGCCGGCGGGUUGACGGUGUUUUGCCCGUCCGACGACGCAAUGAAGGGAUUCUUGCCGAAAUUCAAGAACUUAACCAAAGACGACCAGCAAUCCUUGCUGGAAUAUCACGCCGUUCCGGUUUACCAGACGUUGUCGAUGUUGAAAUCCAGUAACGGACCGACGACGACGUUAGCCACUGACGGAGCUAGUAAAUUCAACCUCGUCGUACAGAAUGACGGCCAAGUCGUGACGUUAAAAACCAGUGUCGACACGGCGAAGAUUUCCCACAACUUGAUUGACCAGGACCCGGUUUGUAUCUUCGUGGUAGACAAGGUUUUGAUGCCGCCGGAAUUGUUCAAGCAUGAUUUGGCACCGACUCCUGCUCCGGCUCCGGCUCCGGCGAAGUCUAAGAAGAAACACCACUCGCCGCCUGCUCCGGCUGCUCCCGCGGAUUCUCCGGCUGACGGGCCAACCGCAGAUGAUUCAAGUGACCAAACGGCAGACAAUAGUAACGACGCCGUGGGUCUGACCGGUGGAAGAUUCGUCGGGGUUUGUUUGAGUUUGUGGGUUGCAUUUUUACUGCUUUAA